UACUACGUUCCAGCGCUUCCGAUCAACAUCCCAGUCUGUCACUGUCUUGUGCAUUCACGCGUGUUUUCCGUUUAGUUUGCAUAUAGACCGCCUUCCGAUCCUCUAUGUCACUUUAUCAAGCCAGCAGCUCCUCCAAACAGGUCACUCGCACAGGCUUGAGUGAAUUCGACAUACUGAAGGCCUCGCACAAAUUCCUGCGCGAAGACGGGGAAACAGACGAAGCCAAGCUCUCGUGGGAUGACAAGCUCGCAAAAAAGUACUACGAGAACCUAUACCGCGAGUACGCCGUCUGCGACCUGAAGCACUACAAGUCCGGCAACUUCGCGCUCCGCUGGCGCACCGAAUCCGAAGUCAUCUCCGGCGCGGGCGACACGACCUGCGGGAACACGCGGUGCCCCCUGCACGAGCAGCGCGCGGUCAACGAGCUCAGGCCGUCGCUGAAGACUCUCGAGCUGCCGUUUUCGUACGUCGAGGAUGGUGAGGGCAAGUUCGCGCUUGUCAAGGUCGUACUGUGCGACAAGUGCCUCAAGAAGCUGAUGUGGACGCGGUCGAAGGAGAAGGACGUGGAGAAGACGGUGCAGGGGAACGGGAAGGUUAAAGUGGAAGAGCAGGAGGAACGGGUCCCCAAAGAGGCGUCGCAUGGGAAGCAAUCUGAGCGCAAGUUGCGGGGAGAAGACCGAGAGCAUACGCGUCCGAGCCAGCCAUCGAAACAUCGCUCAUCCGGAGAUGAGACGCACAGGCGAAGAAGGGAAUCCAGGUCUCGAUCCCCUCUUCCUAGUCGGGGGAAAGCACGUCCGCGCCCCGACUGAUGCACCAGACGGGGUUCU